CGAGGUUUCAAGCAACAUUCCAGACAUACCGUAAAGAGACGGUGGAUAUAAUCGGGAAUAUCUUCAAACUCGCGUGGGUCUCCAAAGAGCUCGUUGAAAGAUACGGCCACAAGGGCUACUCUAUUCAUAGGUACAGGUGGAUUGAUGAUUGAUCGUCCACACAGAACGCUAAACAAUGUUUGCAAAUAGGAACAAAGAUUCGUUGAAUCGCAAUCGCCUACAUUUACUUGCGAGGUUAAUUUCCGAUUGGACCACGAGUUCGGUUCGUCACAGCCGAAAGGCAAAGCAAGGGGGGAAGGUGGGGAUGAUGGCUGUUCAGUGCAUGAUUUGGAGAGUGACUCCGUACUUCAUCAAAGCAGGCACUCCUCCCUCAGUAUCUUUAACUCUCACCAGAAACACGAUCCAACGUCACGGCCUCAGAAGAUCCCAAGAACGACAUCAACGCGUUGUGACCGCAGUUGCCGUUGCCGAGCCAGCACUGGCCAAACCAAUAUUUUAGGUGCACCUGGUGGACUGAGCUUGCUGAAGAAGCUGGGGUGUUGACCCUGAAUGGUGGUUGUGGUGGUGCUGGGGCGACGGUGUACCUGACCGGUACGGGGGGAGAAUAUCAACAAAUAGCCCGCACUCUCGACCAACCUUGAAAUGGCAACCCAAACCACUCCUCGCAGACAGCUCCGGCCGCGACAGGUGAAUAGCACCGCCUCGAGCCCGAAUCUCAACUCGGCCUACAUAGCCCAGGCAGAGCUAGCAAAGAACCCAUUUCCGUCCUCACUUAGUAAGAAAAUCUCUCUUAGCGCUCUCACGCCCAAUAGCCUGGCCACGACCACGACCCCCAAUGGGACCAAAGGAUACGGCGUGAGCACAGUGCCCUACACAAACCGGACGACAUCCAGAAAUAUGGCACCCACGACCCCUUCCUACGGCGACGGCGAUGACCUGGAGGUCGGCGACACGGUCGAUGUCCCAGGGAACAUGUACGGGGUGGUCAAGUUCGUUGGGACGGUACAAGGCAAGAAGGGUCUCUUCGCAGGGGUCGAAUUGUGCGAGGAGUUCGCGCGCCGGGGCAAGAAUAAUGGCGAUGUUGAGGGGUGAGACACACAAACGCUUCACGGUCAUGUCAUGUUAUGUCAUACUGAUCAAAUCGCAUAGAGUAUCCUACUUCCAAACCCAGAUACCUGGUGCCGGUAUCUUUCUCCCGAUCAACAGAGCGACCCGACGCGCAUCUGCCUCUUCCCGCGACGAAUCCUUCCCCCUCACACCUUCGACGCCUUCGGCUGGUAGCAGCUUCAAGGCCAGGGGCCAGUCGGCAACCUUUACACCACCCACCCCGUCAUUGCCUAACUUUAGCAAAUCCGUUGGCGCAGUAAGAGCUCCAAGUCCUGGCUUCAAGAAGACUCGUCCCUCACUCUCACGUCCCGAGUCUCCCCUUCGUAAGCCCCAACUUAGCGCGUUCCCCACGAUCCAUACACCAGGACAAAAAGUACCUCCACGAUAUGGAAGUCCUGUUCCGACCAAGUUUGGGCAGAGUGUGGGAGGUACAGCCGACUCGGGGGAUCCAAGGAAGAGAGGAGCGUAUCCAGGGAGAAACGGAAUGUCAACACCUGGGACAAGAAGCGUCUCUGCUUUAGGACAAACUCCCAUGAGUAUCAGCGAAGAUGAUACCACCCCUAUUGGAGUUGGACGUACGCCUACAAACGGAAGUCUUGGCUCUGUAUCCUCCUUCGCCUCCAAAAUGCGACCAGCAUCGCGGGCCGCCUCUCGAACAGCCUCCCGGACGGGUUAUAGAGUCAACAAUGAAGAUGAAGUCGAUCGUUUGCGAGGGCAGCUAGAAGAGCGGGAGAAGCAACUUAAGGAUCAAGCAGCAAGCUUGGCAGAGAUGGAAGGUGCCCUGGCUGAGGUUCAAUCUUUGAUGGGAGCAGCAGAAGUGGACCCUAGCCGGAACAAUAGGAGGGGUAGCGUGGAGGACAAAGACGCAUCACAAUUACGAAUGCUACUGCGAGAAAAGAACGAGAAGAUAGCAAUGUUGACCGCAGAAUUUGACGCCCAUCGAGCAGAUUUUAGAAGCACAAUCGAUACUCUGGAGUUAGCAAGCACGGAAACUGAACGGGUCUACGAAAAACGUGUUGAGGAUUUGCUACAUGAAGUUCGAGAAUACCAGGAUCGCACUGAUGAUGUCGAUAGUGUUGCCAGACAACUCAAACAACUUGAAGAACUUGUACAAGAAUUGGAAGAAGGUCUAGAGGAUGCUCGACGAGGAGAGGCUGAAGCGAGGGGGGAGGUGGAAUUUCUACGGGGAGAAGUCGAACGCACAAGAUCUGAGCUUCGUCGGGAACGUGAAAAGGCUGCUGCUGUGCUCAACGGCAAUGGAGCGAAUGGAGAAUCAAAGUCUUCAAGUGCGCAAUCUAAAGAGUUGGCGCAACGGGAUGAUGAAAUUCGGGGGUUGAAAGCGAUCAUUCAUUCUUUGAGUAGAGAUGCCAUACCAGAUACUUCCAACCCACCCUCAGAAUUUGAGAGGACACCAACUCAGCGUCAAGGAAGCUUUCCCGGGCUCCAAGGUAGCAUUAGUGGUACCUCUUCCCAGGAUAUAGCGGCCCGAGAGAAAAUGGAGCGCGAGCUUAGGGAACUUCGAGCUGUCGUCGAAGCAAAGACAAGCCGAGAAGAUGAGCUUGAACGUGAGCUUGAGCGCGCGCGCAGAGGCAGUGCUGGUCAAGUCAAUAGCCAGCGAUCGAGUGCAAUGACCCUUCAAGGUAGCGGUGGAAUCAUCACCCAAGAUUACUCAUCAGGAUCAGCACGGGAUUCCAAGGGAACGAUUGCCAGCUGGCGCGAAAGAGAUCUACCCAGAUCAUCAGGAGAACAUCAAAGAAAGAGCACACUGGAUACCAUGCCCGAAAGCGAUACAUACUCUUCUGCGACCGAAAGUAACUUUUGCGAGCUAUGUGAAACUACAGGACACGAUAUCUUGACAUGUACCAACAUGUUCACCACCAACGGCAAUGGUAAACCACGUCCGCAAAACGAGCUGAAUGUUCAGAAGAGAACCAGCAAAGAUGCAGGGAGGGAAGGCCUCAAUCUUCCUCCUCAGGAUUACAAGCCGGCCCCACUUUCCCCAAUGAAGAGACCUCCUCCACCUGUGGAGAAGACUCCGACCGCGGCGAUUCCCAAUCCGAUGGAAUCGGGACCAUGUGCUGGCAAGGAGAGUGGUGUGAUUAACAUGGAUAAAUGGUGUGGUGUCUGCGAGCGAGAGGGUCACGAUAGUAUCGAUUGCCCGUUUGAGGAUGCAUUUUAG